AUGCCGAAGAACAGCAAGGUGACGCAGCGGGAGCACAGCAACGAGCAUGUCACUGAGUCAGUGGCCGACCUGCUGGCUCAUGAGGAGCCUGUGGACUACAAACGCAGUGUGCUCAAUGUGACGGGGGAGGCUUGGGACAAGCAGAAGGAUGGGGAGGAGGAGCUGGAUGCGGAGAACCGGCCGGCGUGGAACAGCAAGCUGCAGUACAUUCUGGCACAGAUUGGCUACUCCGUGGGGCUAGGCAACGUCUGGCGCUUCCCCUACCUGUGCCAGAAGAAUGGAGGAGGUGCCUACCUGGUCCCGUACCUGGUCCUACUCAUCAUCAUCGGGCUCCCCUUGUUCUUCCUGGAGCUGGCGGUGGGGCAGCGCAUCCGCCGGGGCAGCAUCGGUGUCUGGAAUUACAUCUGUCCCCGCCUCGGGGGCAUUGGCUAUGCCAGCUGCCUGGUCUGUUUUUUUGUCGGUCUCUAUUACAAUGUCAUCAUCGGCUGGAGCAUCUUUUACUUCUUCAAGUCCUUCCAGUACCCUCUUCCCUGGAGCGAGUGCCCCAUCGCCAGGAAUGGCUCAGUGGCUGUUGUGGAGGCUGAAUGUGAGAGGAGCUCUGCCACCACCUACUUCUGGUACCGGGAGGCCCUGGACAUCUCCAACUCCAUCUCAGAGAGUGGGGGACUCAACUGGAAGAUGACCCUGUGCCUGCUGGUGGCCUGGAGUCUUGUUGGCUUGGCCAUGAUCAAAGGCAUCCAGUCCUCGGGGAAGGUGAUGUAUUUCAGCUCACUCUUCCCCUACGUGGUGCUGGUUUGCUUCCUGGUGCGGGGACUUCUGCUGCGCGGGGCGGUGGAUGGGAUCAUGCACAUGUUCACACCCAAGCUGGACAAAAUGCUGGACCCCCAGGUGUGGCGGGAGGCAGCCACGCAGGUUUUCUUUGCCUUGGGCCUGGGCUUUGGUGGGGUCAUCGCCUUCUCCAGCUACAACAAGCAGGACAACAACUGCCACUUCGAUGCCACGCUCGUCUCCUUCAUCAACUUCUUCACUUCUGUCCUGGCCACCCUGGUUGUGUUUGCCGUGCUGGGCUUCAAGGCCAACAUCAUGAACGAGAAAUGUGUGGUGGAGAACGCUGAGAAGAUCUUGGGCUACCUGAAUACCAAUGUGCUAAGCCACGACCUCAUCCCUCCCCACGUGAACUUCUCCCACCUCACAGCCAAGGACUACAAUGAGAUGUACAGGGUGAUCAUGACAGUGAAAGAGGGGCACUUCAAAGAACUGGGCUUGGAUGCCUGCCUGCUGGAGGACGAACUCGACAAGUCAGUGCAAGGAACUGGGCUGGCCUUCAUCGCCUUCACGGAAGCCAUGACCCACUUUCCGGCCUCACCAUUUUGGUCCGUCAUGUUCUUCUUGAUGCUGAUAAACUUGGGGCUGGGCAGCAUGAUUGGGACCAUGUCAGGCAUCACUACGCCCAUCAUCGACACCUUCAAGGUGCGGAAGGAAGUGUUCACAGUCGGCUGCUGCAUCUUCGCCUUUGUGAUUGGCCUGAUCUUCGUGCAGCGCUCUGGGAAUUACUUUGUCACCAUGUUUGAUGAUUACUCAGCCACGCUGCCGCUCACGGUUGUAGUGAUCCUGGAGAACAUCGCUGUGGCUUGGAUAUAUGGCACCAAGAAGUUCAUGCAGGAACUGACAGAAAUGUUGGGUUUCCGGCCCUAUCAGUUCUACUACUACACCUGGAAGUACGUCUCUCCCAUCUGCAUGGCCGUUCUCAUGACUGCCAGCAUCAUCCAGCUGGGAGUCAGCCCCCCGGGCUACAGCGCCUGGAUCAGAGAGGAGGCUGCAGAGAAGUUCCUUUUUUACCCAACCUGGGCCAUGGCUAUUCUUAUCUCUCUAAUUAUCCUGGCAUCCCUCCCUCUGCCUCUGGUCUUCAUCCUCCGGCAGUUCCACCUAGUGUCGGAUGGCUCCAACACACUUUCGGUCACCUACAAGAAGGGCCGGAUGAUGAAGGACAUCUCCAACUUGGAAGACAACGAUGAGACCCGCUUCAUCCUGAGCAAAGUGCCCAGUGAGACCCCAUCCCCCAUGCCCACACACCGUUCCUACCUGGGUCCAGGGAGCAACUCCCCCAUGGAAAUGAGCAGUGCCCCCAACGGACGAUACGGGAGUGGGUACUUAAUGGCCAGCACCCCUGAAUCUGAACUGUGACUGUUGCCUGCCAACCACCCCCAUCGGGAGAGGAGGUCACUGGGGAGUGGAUCCUGGCUUUCCAGGCAAUGGGAAAAUUAAUAAAGACAAGACAAAGAAGAAAACCCUCUUAAAAUCGUAACCCAAAGCAGCCAUUUCCAAGAUGACAUCAGGAAGAAUGGAUUGCGGGAGGGGCAGGACUCCUCUGACAACCCUGGGCUGAAUGGCGGGACCUCCAGGGCUUGCCUUCAGGGAAGGGAGGAGGAAAAAGUGGUGAUGCAGGACCUCUCUGAGGGUCCUUCUCUUGCAGCCCAAAUCCGAAGCAAAGAACCCCUCUUUCUAAACAGUUGAUGGUUGGAAAAAGGACCUGGUGUCAGGUGGAAAGCCAAGCACGCUUCCUCCUGCAGCCCAGUGCUCUGCCCUCCCUGUCCGUUGUUCUUCAGCCGGGAGGAGCCACGGCCUUAUUCCAACGAGCACAAUUAACCAUCGAUGUUCAUAGCACAAAAGGGUGCUGUUGUUGUUGCCAUCGUUGUUGUAUCUCCUGUAGUUUUUAUAGCUGUGGACACACCCAGAUAACCCCAACAUUUUGACCAGGGUUGGCAGGGAGCAGUGUGGGGCUGGCUGAGUCAUUGUGGUGUGUGGGACUGCAGCUGGUGGAUCCUUGGUGUCUGCUUUGUUACUACCAGCAUGGUGAUGGUGUCUGCGGGUUGUUCUGAGACAUGGAGAUAUCAUGUCCAUGAGACAACGUGGACAGCAUGCUCUGUGGUUGGGCAGUUAUUGUGCUGAGAGGCAGCAGGACCUCUGAAGUGAGUGAUUUUGGAUGUGUGAGCAUGUGUGAGGUCUGAACCAGGGUUACAGUGAUAGGUGUCAGGAGCAUUCUCCUGGAAUGACUCCUGACAUGUGGGAUGCUCUGCUGAGCCAAAAUCCCUGGCGUGGGAUCGUCUCCUGUUGCCACUUACUUUAGAUGUCCCAGUGGGACAAGCAGAGCUGUGGGGCAUCCAGUCCUACCACAGUCCUGGUGUAGCUCUCAGGAAACCACCCCCCUAUCUUACCUCCCUUGCACCCACCAUCUGAGGUGAGCUGGGCAGUGAUUAUCUCUGGACAUGUCUUCACCUCUGAGAGCAUCGAGCUGGUGCCUGCAUUGCCUUGCUGCUGCACCUGUGCAGGGGCUCUCCAGCCUGUGGAAGGGGGUAACCAGCUUUUUGGGACAGCAGAUGGAGGACAUGUUUUCUGAGCUGCGAUGACCAGAAGUUGGUGCCGGGUCCCAAUGUCCCUGCUAGCUCUUGAUCCAGGCUGGUGAGCUCCUGUUAGAGCCCAGGAGCCUCUAUCAUGCCCAUCCAUGUUAUGGGGACCAGAUGAAGGUGAUGCUACGUUUUUUCUCCCCAAGCUGUCUAGGAAAGUUUGGGGCCUCCCAGCUCAGAGUUUUUCCCACUGGGACUAAUGUUUUUUUCCCUGAAUCAUAUAUAUAGCCAAGCAUUUCUGUCAAGGGCACCAGUAUUAUGUGGCCUUUUCCUCCUUUCCUGGUGGGUGCAGGGGAGAAGCAGCCUGCUCGAUGCCCUCUCUCCCUCUCAGCACAUUGCUACAGUCUCAAAAGCUGAGGGAGCUCCUUAGCUUCAGUUCUGCUAGGCUUAGAUGAUGUGUGGUAGUAUUUCAAGCUAGUUUGAAGGCCAAGUUCAUGGUUGCUUGUCCAUGAGCCCUUCUCUCCUCCACUUUCCUAUCAAUAGAUUUUCUUCCACCUUGAUUCUCCUUUUGGCUGAGAGUCAAAGGCAGACAGUAUCUGGCCCAUUUGCCACAUCCUUGACUCCUCCUGGCACCCUAGGGUGUACAACGUCCCCCACAGUGACAUUUCUCCUGUGGGUUAUAAUCCUUUGUUUAUAGUCCUUCUCCUUUUUGUCAUGAGCUCAGCUGGUGACUUGGGGGCUCCGUCUGGGAGAUUAGCACAGGACCUUUGUUAGCCAUUUCUCCAGGUGGGAAUGGAGGCAUGGAUUGAACCAAUGCAGCUCAGUCUUUGCUGAUAGCUCUGAGAAGCACCAUCCCCAGGAUCAGCCAUGCUCUCAUCUCUUGUCCAAUCUCUUCACCAUCCUCUCCGCUGUGACUUUGGUCUUUCUCUCCUCCUGUCCCUAAAGAGGAACACAGAAAUAUCCCCACUGCACCACCUCUGAAUAGGAGAAGCACAAAACCUAUGCAUUUCUCCCCAACACCAGGCGAGAUGUUCCCUCCCAUCUCUUAUUUCUCCCUCUGUCCCUGAUUUCCUCCUCCUGACCAGCAGAACAAAGGAUGAACCAAAUCAUUGCAAAAUGUCACCUUCCGAUGCAAGUCAGACUCACACCCCUGAGCCCAGGGGAUUCCCACUGCAGCUCCCAUGGAGUUACUGGGGCAGGACACCUCCCGCAGCCCACACAUGUGGUUCCAUCUGUUCCCAUGGCACAGCGCUCCUCAAACCCUGGGGGGAAGGAUCCGUCCCUCAAUCUCUCCCAUCACUGUUCCCAAACCAGCCAGGAAGGCAUUUGCUUUCCUCCCCUCUUCUUGCAGCGCCAAUAAGAGGCAAAGUCAAUAAGAAGGUAACAAAAAGCUAUAUUAUAUAUAUAUAUAUAAAAUGUAUACAGAGAGAGGAGAUGGAAUAAUAACCUAGAGAUUCUCUAUUUCUAUUGUAUAUUUAUUCUGUAAAUGUCACUGUAAAUGAUGUUAAAUGACAAAAUGUAUUCCAAAGUGGCCCAUGACCUAUUUUCAUUCCCAGUGCUGUACAGAUCAGUUCUCACUGUAUAUCAGACAUAUUUUUACCUUUUCAUUUCUUGUGCGUGGUGGGUGGCCAUCCCUCCCCCCAUGCCCCUCCCCAGCCUCAAGGGGUCCCCUAGCAUGGGGACCCCACAGAGAGGAGGAGGGGGGAGGAAGCCUUUCUUUUUAUCUGUGGAAGUACUGUAUUUCUGUGUGGUAUUUGCUUGGUGUUAGGCACAGGGGUCUGUGGGGGGGUAAGUUGUAGGUGAUCCGUGUCGUGGCCGUGUGAGCGUGCGCAUGUUCGUCCAUAGAUGCUGUGUGUGGGGGUGUGCGCGUGUACGUGUGUGCGUAUGUGUUUUGUUUGGGGUCACUUCUUGCUGUUCUUGGCCACUUUUGAAGCCUGCGGUGGGGCCUUCUCCCACCUGCCAGUACAGGCUCUCUCCUCCACGCACCUUCUUGGGGUCCCAGGGCUGUGGAUCAGGACAAACCUGGUGACUUUUAGCCCUGGCAACCACUUUUAUUUUCUUUUUCCCCCUCAGAGGCACAGGGAAUAGCUGCUAGUUGUGAGCACAGACACUUUUCAGUUUUCAUCCAGGCAGUCAGAGCAGGAGGGGGGAACCGCUGCCGAUAUUCCUGCCCCCUCCUCUUGCUCCCUGCCUGGUUCCCAGCCUGGAUCCUGCUGCUUGGAAGGGGAUGGUGUCCUCGACAGGAGAUGCUGGCUGAAUCAGGAUGGGUUGAAGUCCCGACUGAGGAGAGAGGCUUACCCUCCUGCCCCUACACAGACCCUGGCAGCUCACAUUAAAGCCCAGCUCCUCCUGGGAGCUGCUCCCACUGCCACACUCCUGCCCCUGUCCUCCCCUGAGCCUGGGUCUCACCAGCAGGAAUGGGGCACAGGUGGCAGGGCUGGGUGGCCUUGGUGGCACUGCCAGCCCCAGGGGACACGGCCCAGCCUGGGCAGAGGCAUGGCAGCACACGGGUUGUGGCCACUUCCCCUGUGGGUAAGCACAAGGCUGGCAAAGCCCUUCUGUACAGGUAAAAGCACAGAUCUGGUAGAAACUCGUCCCAUGUAUCCUCGUAGCCAGUGUAUUUAACAUACGUGCCGUGCUGGCCGGACUCAUUGGCAGUCGAGAGAAACCCUGUAAGAGCUGUAAUGGAGUCUGAUUAAAAGUUUCUUCUUACCAAG